GAAUGGGGGCCUGGGAGGUGGAAUGGAAGGAGUGGGAGGAGGAAUGGGGGCCUGGGAGAGAACUGAGGGCACUGGGAGGGAACUGGGAGCGCUGGGAAGGAACUGGGAGCGCUGUGCUGUCCUGCAGGGAGCUGCACAUGGUGGAUACCGUCACCUGGCACAAGAUGCGAGGUGCACAGAUGGUGGUGGCCAUGAAGGCGGUGUCGCUGGGCUUCGACCUGGACCGGGGGGGGGUCCGGGGGGAGCCCACCCCCACCCAGGUGCUGGGCUACCUUUGCUCGCCCGGCUCCGUCAUCUUCGGGCCCUGGGAGCCCUUUGGGACUUAUCUGAGGGCUGUGGAGGGGCCCCCCCUGGUAUGGGGGGGAUUUGGGGGAGAUUGGGGGGGUUUGGGGUGA